AUGUCACCAUUUAUGUUUGCAAUUGCCAUGGAAUACUUGAGUAGGCUACUUAGAGGAUUGAAGCAAGUCAAGGAGUAUAAAUUUCAUCCAAGAUGCAGCAAGCUGAACAUAACUCACCUCAGCUUUGCAGAUGAUCUUCUUAUGUUUGCCAGAGGUGACAAUAGCUCAAUUCAAGCUUUGCAAGAUUGCUUCAAAAAAUUUUCUGCUGCCUCUGGUUUACAAGCCAAUCUCACUAAGAGUGUCGUUCAUUUUGGUGGAGUGACACAGAUAGAACAGAUGAAGAUACUACAAAAUGCAGGAUAUUCAUUAGGUGAACUACCUUUUAAAUAUUUGGGGAUGCCUUUGGAUACAAAGAAGAUAACUGUUUUGCAAUGGCAACCUCCGUUUGAGAAAAUAGUAGCAAGAGUAACUUCUUGGACUGCUCGAAAGUUGUCUUAUGCUGGUACAGUACAAUUAGUACAGGCAAUUAUUAUUGGUAUUCAAUCCUAUUGGGCUCAACUGUUCAUCAUGCCAGCAAAGUGA